UACUAACCUGGGACCAACAGUCUCUAGUGGCGACAUAGCCCAGGAAAUAUUCAAAACCCAAGAUAUUAAAUUUGCAGCCAGACCAGAAUUUGGUGGAUCGGAUUAUCAAAUUUACAAAGACAACUUAUUUUCGACUUUGGAUUAUGGAAAACAAUGGAGUUUCUUGAAGAAAAUAUGCAUGACUGAAAUUCUUUCGAAUCAACAGAUUCAUCGAUUUGCUGAUCUUAGAAAGGCAGAGAUGAUGAAUUUAUUGAAGGUUAUUGCAAAGUAUUCAGAGACUGGUGAGGGUUGUGAUGUUGGACUCGAGUUUAUGGCGCUGAUGGACAAUGUGAUUAGCACGAUGGUAAUGAGCACCAGGUGUGCGACAAAUGUCGAUGAGACUGCACAGAUUAGGGAAAUAGCAAGGGGAAUAACUCAACUUUCGGGCUUGCUGAGUCUGGGAGAAGCAUUUCCUUUGUUGAAAUGGUAUGAUAUUUUUAGGGCUGGAAGAAAGGCGAAAUCCCUUCUGCUGGAUUCGAUGCUUUAAUGGAUGGAAUUAUAUCGAAACAUGAGAUCGAUAUUCGUGAUGGAAAACGAGAGAGGAUGGAUAUGAUGGAUAUUCUCUUGCGUAUUUCAGAAGAUAAAACUUCAGAUCUGAAGCUUACUAAAGCUGAUAUCAAGGGCCUUUUCCUGGAUCUUUUCUUGGGAAGUACUGAGGAAACAAGUGUAGCCUUACAAUGGGCACUUGCAGAACUCCUCAAUCAUCCAAAGGCCUUAAAGAAACUUCAAGAUGAGAUUGACACGACUGUGGGGUUAAAGAGGCUAGUCGAAGAAUCAGACAUCCCAAAUCUUCCAUACUUGCGUGCUGUCAUCAAAGAAACUCUACGGCUGCACCCUUCAUUGCCCUUGGUGUUCAGAAAAUGCCGGGAGGACAGCAAGAUCAAUGGUUUCCCCAUAGCUAAAAAUUCGAGGAUUGCAAUAAAUCUAUAUGCGACCAAUCGCGAUCCAAAAGUUUGGGAAGAUGCUGCAGAAUUUGAGCCAGAGAGGUUCUUGAUCAAUGCUAUAAACACGAUUGGACUUGCUGAUGAAGAGGAUAUGAAAGGGCAAAACUUCAGUUAUGUGCCGUUUGGAGGCGGAAGGAGAGGUUGCCCCGGAGCUAACCUAGCUACUUCUGCGUUGCAUAUAACACUUGCAGCGUUAAUCCAAUGUUUCCACUGGAAAAUAAAAGGAGCCGAAAAGGUCAAUAUGGAAGAGGGAGCAGGAUUUUCUGUACCAAUGGCACACCCUUUGGUCUGUUAUCCUAUUUCACGUGUUAAUCUUUCAGAUAUCCUUCUGAUUAACUAGUUGACAUGGUUAUCAAACCAUGGUAUUGCAAUUUUUAGUCCUUUAUGCCAAGAAUUUCCACUUGUAAUAGGAGAUGAUGAAUGUUUCUUUUCAAGAUAGAAAAGAUGCAUGAAAACAUACUUAUAUUUUCUAUGUUACAUAAAUAAAAUGAACAGCAGUAGUCCCAGAUGGA